AUGGGUCAAUCCGUAGCCAAGGCGGAGGACUUCGCAUGGUCCUACACAGAAGAGCCACACGCGACGCGGUUCGUUGAAAACUCUGUGUAUUUAAAUCAGAAUAUAACCGUUUUGAGGCGGAAAGAGAUGCUGGAGAAAUAUCCGCAGAUCAAGCAGCUCUUCGGACAAGAUCCCGCCUUCAAAGUCGUCGUUCUGGCGAUGGUCGCCGCCCAAAUCACCUUCGCCUGGCUACUACGAGGUCAGUUAGAACUGAAAAAAAGAGAAAUAUUUUUUUAAAGGUAAGCAUUUCAAGAUCACUUCAAGUCUUUUCGUCAUUUUAAAAAUAAAUAUGUUGUCAAAUUUUGAGAGGAAAGCUUACCAAUCACCGUACCUUUAACAUGUCGAAGAAGGUUUGCAACUCAAGUUAUCAGCGCAUUUUCUAAAUAUGUCGCGAAAUUUAAUAUUUUUGUUAUUUUUGAUGAGGUGAUGAUUAAUGUUAUAAAAAACUGUUUAUUGCAUCUUCAAUGUAAGAAUACAUGUGCAAUCGACUUUCGCACAGCUCCUGCCGCCGUUUAAACACAGUUAAAUCAAUGUUAUAAGACAAUGUUAAAAAUACUCACCGAGAUAGGAGAAAAAUCAGAAGUGAUUAUAGUUCUGAACUGCGACCGCUAGUUCGAGUUUCUCAUAAGACACAAAAUAUACGGAUUUUCCGGAUUUUUUUCACUUUGAUUUUAACUCAAAAAAAAAUUUUAUCGCAAAGCACAGAUUUUACCCCAUUUGCUUAAUAGAUGUUCCUAAUUUUCGCGGGAAAAUUUUGAGCUCAAAAAGGCAAAUUCAAAAGAAUGUCAAAAGAUCAAAAGAAUGAUUGAAAACGGCAUUGAUUCUUGGAUCGUUACCUUUUGAUUUAUGAUAAAAUUUGUAUCAGAAUCAGAAUCCAUCAGUUGGGUUGCAGAUGCGGAUUGGUGGCUGAUCUUUCUGCAGGCCUACUUCGUUUCGGGAACCCUGAACCAUUCCCUGACGCUGGCCGUCCACGAAGUCAGCCACAAUCAGGCCUACGGCUGCAGCCGACCGCUCGCUGUUCGUUUUACCUAAUCUUUCCCCUCGGAAUCGGUCUUUCUUCAGAACCGCCUGUUCGGCUUUCUGGCGAACCUUCCAAUGGGAAUCCCGAUGUCCAUCUCGUUCAAGAAGUACCACCUCGAACACCACAGAAACCUUGGUCAGUUCAAUGGAUGGUACUUUUUCAGAAAUCAUUUCGGAGAUCAUUUUGGAGAAACCAAUAAAAAUAGAUUCCAUCUCUUUUUGAGCUCAUGAGUGCACGUAGAAAAUCAGCGAAACGUUUUCGUCAAACUGCGCCCGACCCUGAACGACUAACGCGCUUAUGUUUUUUGCGAAGCAUCAGAAAAGGCUACUGAUUUUCGAAUUAACUCUAGAAUUGUUACAAUCCAAACGCAAAUAGACGCUUUCCAUAUUCACGACAUUCAUUCACUUUCGGCAUGUAAAGUAUGAAUAUCUUGCUUUCUUCGAUCUCUAGCUUCAACGCCUUGAAAUUUCGUAACUUCAAUGACAUUUAGGGGAGGAUGUGAUCGACACGGACGUGCCGACGGAGAUCGAGGCUCGUAUUUUCCAGACUUGGUUCGGAAAACUUGUUUGGAUGCUUCUCCAGCCUCUUUUCUACGGUAUCCGUCCAUUUCUCAUCUAUCCGAAGGUAGGACUCUAAAUGGAUGACAUAUCAAAAAUACUCGCUUUUCAGUCACUGACGGACUUGGAGCUGGUCAACCUGGGCCUGCAGAUUGCCUUUGACCUGUUCAUCUACACCCAGUUUGGACCCAAGUCGCUGGCCUACUUGUUCGGCGGAAUGGUCGUCGGUCUCGGACUCCAUCCCUGCGCUGGACACUUUGUCUCCGAGCACUACGUCUUCCAGAAGGGACAGGAGACCUACAGGUUCUUCGGAGACGCAGACACUUGAAAAAUUUCUUGUUCAUACGAGAGAAAGGAAUUGUUUUUUGAUUGCUAAAACUCGAUCUCCGAUGGAUAUAUUUAUUCCACCUGUGAGAGCAGAUUUUGGAUUCAGCUUUUGUGUUAAACUAAACAAAAACUGAAUUUUGCGGUUUUCAUGUUAUUCAAGGUUCUUACUGGAAUAAGAUCAAUUAUUGCGGGAGAAUAAAUUGAAGGAAAAUCAAUACAUGUUCAAUCUCUUGUUCUGAAGAAGAAUGUUCAGCUACUACGGGCCGAUCAACAUGGUCGUGUUCAACGUCGGCUACCACGUCGAGCACCACGAUUUCCCGUUCGUCGCCGGCGUCAAUUUGCCCAAGGCAAGUCGAAACUGGCUCCCUUUUGGAUGACGUCUUCCUCUCCCACUCGUUUGCCUCUCGCUUCCUUGUAGUAAUCGAAACUUUCACCGGAAAUUGGUAACUCAAGCCGUUUGUUCUCCUUGGAACAAACUUUGACUCUGCUUUGCUGUCCCUUGUUUUUUUUUUUGGUCAUUUUUAAAGCCUCGGGUCAUUUUUCUGUAAUCUCAUCCAGAUCAAAAGAAGAAGUCGAGUUUUUUGAGAGAAGGAAAAAUAUUUUAGAUUCGAGAGAUCGCUCCAGAGUACUAUGAUAACCUGAAGGUGCACGAAAGUUGGGUCGGGAUGAUGUACGACUUCAUUUUCAACCCAAAAAUGACUCUCAGGUUCGAUUUUUUGUCUGGAAAAGCCGGCAAUAUUGUUUUCUCAUCAUUUUGAUGAACAAAUGCUAAAUUUUUCGGCCUGAAGGUAUCCGAUAAAAAUUUCCGAAAUAUUUUUUCAAUUUGGACUGUCAAAUUAAACUUUUGAGCCACCGAGAUAAUUUUUAGCUAGUUUCGAAGAAUAUCAAAAGUGCCGUCCAAAACCGUAUUAUUUUAGAGCAAGAAUAAAGCGAAAGUACGCGAAGGCCGAAGAGUUCAGAUUCUUUGGCGACGGACCCUUUGAGAGCAGCCACUUCUACAAUUCUUUCCAAAAGGUUCGUUUCUGACUCUUUCUGGAACUUGUAGCUUUUCUGAAUCAAGCAGGAAAGAAAAAGAUUGCUCAAUCGAGCCAAAAAUGAAUGAUUCAGGUGGUGUCGAUGGCUACGGGGCUCGGCGGAUCCGUGGUCAAGGCCAAAUGA